UACAUGACAGUACUAAUCUUCAUGGCUUCCUUUUUAUAGUACUGGAUACUGCUGGCCAAGAAGAAUUCAGUGCCAUGAGAGAGCAGUAUAUGAGGAAAGGAGAUGGUUUUCUCCUUGUUUAUUCCGUGACUGACAAGCAGAGCUAUGAGAACAUCCACAACUUCUACACCCAAAUCCUCAGAGUCAAAGACAGGGACUCCUAUCCAAUGCUUAUUGUUGCAAACAAAGUGGAUCUAGUUCACUUACGGAAAGUGACAGAAGAGCUGGGGAGGGAAAUGGCUGCAAGGCUUGGUGUCCCCUACAUGGAAACAUCUGCAAAAGACCCACCUCUCAAUGUUGAUGCUGCCUUUCAUGAGGUUGUCCGUAUCAUCAGGAACCAGCCGCCUGAAGAUAAAGGUCGCAAGAAACGCAAAACAAGGAAGGGAAAAUGUAAAGUGAUGUAGUUGCACCUAAUGUGGGAGUUGGCUCUAUGGUUGUUCAUAAAUCUCAGUGAGAGUGUGUCAAUAUCCCACAUAUUCCAAGAUUAGGGAUGUGUUCAGGGAUGCUUAGAGAGGAUCCUGCUGUACAUUCAAGGUAUGAAUCUUGGUAUAGAGGUAGUGAGCAUCUGCAUACAAUUGAAAGGUUAGGUUGAUUUUCACAUAGCUGGUGAGCAAAAAGACUGAAUGAAGCUUCUCAGUGAAACUGUUUUGAUGCAUGGAUCUAAUCAUUGUUGUAUCUUCUGAUCUCAGAAUGGAACGAGUCAGCUGCUAGGUUUGUGUGAUUUGGCAUUGGCUGCGAUCUCUCAAAUUUAAAUUCAUUUGAUUCACAUGUGGUAUUUAUGGGCAUUGCUGUGGCAUAAUUAUGCAUGUGAUCUGUCACAAGGAACAAAUUGUCCAAUAAAUAGGAGUGGUGAUGCCAAGAUAGGAAAUACUGGAUUUCCAUAGGUAAUGCUUUUGUUGGAGUCACAAUAUAGAUUUGAUAGAAAUUGGUAUAUCAGGGUCUCACUAUUUCUGGCUUUAACAUGCUUGCACUAAUGUUAGGUUUGUCAGAGGGUUUGAGUGAUUGAGUCUGCAGCAGAUGUUUCUAAAGUACAAAGUAAGUCAUGAUGUCAUUGUUUCACUUGAAAUGCUGGUAUGAAUCAGUUUUUUUAUUCAUUGAUAUUCAUGCAUUGGAGUCUCAAAUUCAAUAUCAUACCGUCAAGAAUGCAUGCCAACUGUUGGUAAUGACUGUAGUGCUCUUCAGAAUAUUGGCCAUGUUGCUGUGGAUAUCCAGUAAGGCUGGAUAUCCAUAUCUUGAUAUCUGAAGAAUUCAUGAUUGUGUAGGUCAUGGCACCUUUUAUUUAAAUUUGGCAUCACCUAGGGUAGUUAUUAUAUGCUUUGUAUCAUAAUCUUUAUCCUCUGCCAUGUUGACGCAGGCAGUGACAGUCUGGAGAUUUACUAGUCCUGUGAUCUUGUUUUAUGUCUUGUCAAGAAGUUUCAUGUGAUGAGGCCAAUUUCUAAAGGGUUUGGUGAUAUCUCAGUCUAUUGAUUACUUAUGGGCAGUGAAUGAAGACUUCAUUGUGUAGUUGAGAAAAAUAUUUACUUAGCAAACUCUGUGGAUUUUAAAGAAAGUACUUUCAGGGAUUCUGCAGUGCAGGAUAAUCAACUUCACUAAUUUAAGUGGUGGUUCCACAUAAGAUUGCUUUUAGCACCUUCCAUUCUUAUUUUUUUUUAAAAUGUAUGUGGCAUUCAUAUGGUAACAUGAUUUAAGGCUAGCAGAAAGAAGGACCUUUGUUUCCUUUUCAUUUAGCUCACAUUGGGCUACAUAAGCUGCUUUCAUCAUACUAGGGAUUCCAGGGAAUGACUUGAUGUGUGUUGAUGUUGUGAUGCUCUUGCUUUGAAAAGAUUUUUGCUUAUAUAAGGUUGAGAAUUUUUCAGACGAUAGAUAUGGCUGACGUUGAUGAAUUGAUUUUUCUGGAUCACAUGGAUUCAGGAGAGAUACGUAUCAAUGGGGACAGAGAGGGAGACUCUUGACAUGUCAUAUUCCUGCUUAUGACAUUGUUUCUUAUUUUGCUGGCUCAACCUUGUACUAUAUUGUUAAUUUUUUGAAGCAUUCAAUUUGAAGUGCUGAUGGUAUUUUAUCCAUCAAUGGGCCUUUUUUUCAAGCAGAUGCUUUUUCUUUUUAACUGUGAUACCCAACUUUCUUUCUGUCUUUCAAUGUAUUGCCCAAUAUAGUAUUUAACACAUACAUGUAUGGUUGUUUGUUUUGCAUAUGUCCUUGCACGGCAACACUGUACACAUUUGCAAGGAGAGAAUGAUACACAAGUGCUUCUCUUGAAGUUUGUUCUGUGCUCAACAUUAUUUGAUGUGUAAUAAAGGAC